GUCAGAUCAAUUAUUUCAUUAGCAAUAACUUUCAUGAUCUCUGAUGAUAUUCAUACUUUAGUUAGGUUAAAGUUGAAGUCAAAGCUCUUGUAAAAAAAAUCCAAAGUCAAAGCUCCAUAGAUCCAAAGAGGCCAAAAAAAACUUUCCCAAAAUUUUGAAAGCUCACUCCUUGGCUCCUGCAUUAAUUUUCCCGCUCAUUAGCCUCUUCAUCUUCCACCUUUCUCUCUCCUCAAAAAAACUCUUCAAACUUCAAAAUUUCUCACUCUAAACAAUUCAAACACUAGAAUUUUCCAGUUACCUCCCUCUAAAACCCCCAGAAAAUAAUUUCCCCCAAUUUCUAGGGUUUCUAAUUCGGAACCCUUAAUUCAUAAUUAUGCACAUCAAAGAGAUCUGCUUAGAAGGGUUCAAAUCCUACGCUACAAGAACUGUAAUUCCUGGGUUUGACCCCUUCUUUAACGCAAUCACUGGGCUAAAUGGGUCUGGAAAAUCGAACAUUCUAGACUCCAUUUGCUUUGUUCUAGGUAUUACGAAUUUGCAGCAAGUUCGUGCUUCUAAUCUUCAAGAAUUGGUAUACAAGCAAGGCCAGGCAGGAAUUACUAAAGCUACUGUUUCGAUUAUCUUCGAUAACUCGGAUCGUAGUCGGAGCCCUUUAGGGUAUGAGGAUUGUGCUGAGAUUACUGUUACUCGUCAGAUCGUGGUUGGCGGCAGGAACAAGUAUCUGAUUAAUGGGCACCUUGCCCAACCUAGUAGGGUACAAAACCUCUUCCAUUCAGUGCAGCUCAAUGUGAAUAAUCCACAUUUUCUUAUUAUGCAAGGGCGUAUUACAAAAGUUUUAAACAUGAAGCCUCCUGAAAUAUUGUCUAUGCUUGAAGAGGCUGCUGGGACAAGGAUGUAUGAAAAUAAGAAAGAUUCUGCUUUGAAAACACUUGAAAAAAAACAAAGUAAAGUUGAUGAGAUUGAUAAGCUUCUUGAUCAGGAAAUCUUACCUGCUUUGGAAAAGUUGAGGAAGGAAAGAAUGCAGUACAUGCAAUGGGCUAAUGGGAAUGCAGAGUUAGAUAGGCUUAAAAGGUUUUGCAUUGCUUAUGAGUAUGUGCAAGCAGAGAAGAUUAAAGAUGGUGCAGUCCAUGAAGUGGAACAAAUAAAGACUCAUAUUGCCGAAAUUGAUACUAAUGCAUCUAGGAUGAAGUCCGAGCUUCAAGAAAUGGAUGCCAAAGUGUCAGAGUUGACAGCUGAGAAGGAAGCAAGUAUGGGAGGUGAAAUUAAAACUUUGCAAGAGGAAGUGUAUUCUUUAGCUCAGGAUCUUGUGAAGGAGACUUCUGUCCUGAAAAAUAAGGAGGAUACUCUCAAAGGUGAAAAAAAGAAUGCUGAUAAGGUUGCUAAAAACAUUGAAGAACUUAAACAGUCUGUUGAAGAGAGGGCUGCUGCUGUCAAAAAUGCUGAAGAUGGUGCAGCUGAUCUUAAACAAAAAGCUCAGGAACUCUCUAAAGAAUUAGAUGACAGUGAAAAAGAAUACCAGGGUGUGCUGGCUGGUAAGAGCAGUCAAGAUGAAGAAAAAUGCUUGGAGGAUCAGUUAGCAGAUGCUAAAGUAGCGGUAGGAAAUGUAGAAAUAGAGGUAAAGCAGCUGAAAACACAAAUAACCCAUGGUGAGAAGGAGCUAGUCGAGAAAACUAAUCAGUUAAAGUCAAAGCGCAAUGAGGCUACUGCUGUAGAAAACGAAUUGAAAACUAGGAAAAAAGAAGUCGAAGCUGUUAGGAAGUCACUGGAUUCUCUCCCUUUUAAAGAAGAUCAAAAUAGUCGCAUGGAAGCUCUGCAGCAGGAGCGUGCAGCUGAAUUGGAGGAAGUGCAGAAACUGAAAGAUAAAAUAAGAGCUCUUUCAGGACAGUUGUCAAAUAUUGAUUUCACCUACCGGGAUCCUACCAAGAAUUUUGAGAGGUCAAAGGUUAAAGGUGUUGUGGCAAAGCUCAUCAAAAUAAAAGAUGGGUCAACAAUGACAGCUCUGGAGGUUGUGGCUGGUGGUAGGUUAUUUAAUGUUGUAGUUGACACAGAAACCACUGGUAAACAACUUUUGCAAAAUGGUGAUCUUCGAAGAAGAGUCACUAUUAUUCCUUUGAACAAAAUUCAAGCUCAUGUCAUUGCUCCCGAUAAACAGCGAGCUGCUUCUAAUCUGGUAGGAAAGGAAAAUGCAAAACUGGCACUUUCUUUGGUGGAAUAUGACGAGGAAUUAAAGAGGGCUAUGGAGUACGUUUUUGGAUCCACGUUUGUGUGCAAGACCAGGGAAGCUGCUGUAAAGAUUGCCUUUAAUAAAGAUGGAAACAUUGAUGUCAGGGAGCCAUGUGUCACCCUUGAAGGCGACAUAUUUCAGCCUAGUGGCCUCCUUACUGGCGGUAGUCGUAGGGGCGGUGGUGAAUUGCUAGGACGUCUCUGUGCUUUGGCUGAUGCUGAGACAGACCUUUCUACUCACCAGAAGAGAUUAUCUGAAAUUGAAGUGGAGAUUGCUCAGCUCCUUCCCCUACAGAAGAAGUUUACUGACCUUAACAACCAGUUGAAACUGAAAGAAUAUGAGCUCGAAUUAUUCAAGGGCCGUGCUGAGCAAAAUGAGCAUCAUAAGCUUGGAGAAUUGUUGAAGAAGAUUGAGCAGGAUCUGUCAGAUGCAAAAUCUACUUUGAAGGAGAAGCAAGCUGCUUAUGAAAAUUGUGUUAAGAAAGUGUCCACUCUUGAGAAAUCAAUUAAAGAUUAUGAUAAAAGUAGGGGUGCCAGGCUCAAAGGUUUAGAAAAGAAGAUUAAGGCUCUUAAGAGCCAAAUGCAAUCAUCAUCCAAAGAUCUCAAGGGGCAUGAAAAUCAAAGAGAAAAACUAAUAAUGGAAAUGGAAGCUGUAGCUGAAGAGCGUACUUCCCUUGAGAGCCAACUUGAUUCUCUGCAGUCUCAAAUCCAAAGUUUGGUCUCUGAAAUCAAUGAACAGAAAGUCAAGGUGGCCUCUAUUAAGGAACAUCAUGAUGAGGCUCUAUCAAACCUUAAUGCAGCUCGUUCAAAGUUGAAGGAAUGCGACUCACAAAUUAGUUGUAUUCUGAAGGAGCAGCAAAAGCUCCAAAACAAAAUAAGUGACGCAAGCCUUGAGAGGAAGAAGAUGGAAAAUGAGGUGAGAAGGAUGGAGGAGGAACAGAAAGAGUGCUCUUUGAAGGUUGAAAGGUUAGUAGAAAAGCAUUCCUGGAUAGCAUCUGAGAAGCAGCUUUUUGGUCGAAGUGGAAGUGACUAUGAUUUCGCAUCUCGUGAUCCUCGCAAAGCGAGGGAGGAACUAGAGAGACUGCAGGGCGAACAAUCAAGUCUAGAGAAAAGGGUAAACAAAAAGGUAAUGGCAAUGUUUGAGAAAGCAGAAGAUGAAUAUAAUGAUUUGAUAUCCAAGAAGAACAUUAUUGAGAAUGACAAGGCCAAGAUCAAGAAGGUCAUUGAAGAGCUUGAUGAGAAGAAAAAGGAGACCUUGAAAGUUACUUGGGUGAAAGUGAAUAACGACUUUGGGUCCAUCUUUUCUACAUUAUUGCCAGGAACUACAGCAAAGUUGGAACCUCCUGAAGGUUGCAGUUUUUUAGAUGGCCUUGAGGUUCGCGUUGCAUUUGGAGGUGUUUGGAAACAAUCGCUGUCUGAACUAAGUGGGGGUCAACGAUCUCUGCUUGCAUUAUCUUUGAUAUUGGCUUUGCUUCUAUUUAAACCUGCUCCGCUUUACAUUCUUGAUGAGGUUGACGCUGCUCUUGAUCUGAGCCAUACACAAAAUAUUGGAAGGAUGAUAAAAACUCAUUUCCCUCAGUCUCAGUUCAUUGUGGUUUCUCUUAAAGAAGGGAUGUUCAACAAUGCAAAUGUCAUAUUUCGCACCAAGUUUGUUGACGGAGUUUCCACUGUUCAGAGAACUGCCACAGCUAAGAAGUGAUUUCUCAAUGUCCAUAAUUAGAGGACUUGACAAAAAUGGUUGCUUACCAUUUAGAUCAAUCUGCCAGCAUUACAGCAUCCUGCUCCUCCUAUGGAUUUGGUUUACAUUUUCUGUAUGUAUUUAUGUAUAUAUAAGUAGCCAUUGGUAGCUUUUUUUGGCAGCCUUCAUAGUGUUGUCUUUUUACUUGUAGUUUAAGUACCGCCUUCAUUCUAUGUAAUAUUUGAUCAAUUUCAAUCUUCUGUUGAUUAUUGAUCACUGAGUUUGCAUAGUACUGUUUUAUGUUGCAAUGCAACUAUCCUUAUAAGUUAUCCAAUCUUAUAAGUUACAUCAACUAUCACUA